GUCUCUGGGAUAGAAACAGAAACCCUGGUUUAUAAUGAGGCGAUAUAGUUCAACUCCCCUGCUGUGGUGUAAAAACUUAUGAGUUUUUGGUAAGAGCGUUCCACUCCUCAUGGCCGUCCUGCGUGCCGCUGCAUUAAUGAAGCAGCUCCAAACCUCGCCUUAAUCGCAGAGGAACCCAUGCAGGAGCUCCUGAGCGCCUUGUUGGACUCUGGGGUUACUAAAGAUGUGCUUCUGCAAGCGCUGGAGGACCUGGACCCGAGCCCGAGCGCUUUUGGAGUUAAACUGGACAGUUUGCAGAUGUCCCCCUCCGGCUCCAAACUCAGUGACACGGAUACAAAGCCGGUGUUUCACACGCUGACCAAUGGACACGGCAAAGGGAAGUUAUCAGGGGAUGAGGGCUCAGAGGACGGGGAUGAUUUCGAUACCCCUCCGAUCCUGAAAGAGCUGCAGUCCCAAAACACGGAGGAAGCCGCGGAGCAGAGGGCAGAAAUCGAGCGGAUGUUGGCGGAGGACCCGUGGCGCGCGGCCCGCAUGAUCAAAGGCUACAUGCAGCAGCACAAUAUUCCUCAGCGCGAGGUGGUGGAUGUGACAGGCCUCAAUCAGUCGCACCUGUCGCAGCAUCUGAAUAAAGGCACGCCUAUGAAAAUGCAGAAACGCGCGGCGCUCUACACCUGGUACGUCCGAAAACAGCGGGAGAUCUUGCGACAAUUCAACCAAGCCUCGCAAGGCUCUGUCAGCAACAUGUCCGACAGAGCCAACCAGGAUCAGGUGCUACUUUUUUUUUCUGAGUUCAGUCAGUCUGGGCAGGGCAUGGGGAUGGGGCAGUCAGGGGACGAUGCUGGCAUUGAACCUGCAUGCAAGAAAAUGAGACGCAACCGCUUCAAAUGGGGGCCUGCAUCCCAACAGAUCCUUUACCAGGCUUACGAUCGACAGAAGAACCCCAGCAAAGAGGAGAGGGAGGCACUGGUGGAGGAGUGCAACCGAGCUGAAUGCCUCCAGAGGGGAGUAUCACCUUCUAAAUCUCACGGGCUUGGCUCCAACCUGGUCACGGAGGUGCGAGUCUACAACUGGUUUGCCAACAGGAGAAAGGAAGAGGCCUUUAGACAAAAACUGGCUAUGGAUGCAUAUAGUGGGCCAACACACAAUCUGAACUCCCUUCUUGCACACAGUUCUCCACAUCACCCGCAAACCAGCAACUCCCCACCAAGUAAGAUGCAAGGUGUCCGGUACAGCCAGCAAGGUCCGGGUGAAGUCAGUUCCUCUACAACGAUCAACCACCACAGCAGCAAUGCCUUGUCAACCAGCCAGUCAGUGUUACAGCAGGUCUCUCCGGGGGCUCUGGACCCCAGCCACAGCCUCCUGUCACCUGAUGCCAAGAUGAUCUCAGUUUCAGGUGGAGGUCUUCCUCCAGUCAGCACCCUGACCAACAUCCAUGCAUCCCACCAUGUGCACCAGCAGACCCCCAACCUCUUAAUGCCCAUUUCUGGAGUCAUGGCCAUUGCACAAAGUUUGAACACGUCGCAGGCACAGACGGUGCCUGUCAUCAACAGCAUUGCAGGCAGUCUGGCAGCUUUGCAGCCGGUGCAGUUCUCGCAGCAGAUGAAUGUCUCACACCAGCAGCUCAUGCAACAGUCACCUGGCCACAUGAACCAGCAACCCUUCAUGGCCUCUGUUUCACACUCACACAUGUACUCACACAAGCAGGAGCCGCCCCAUUAUUCUCACUCGUCUCGGUUUCCCCCUGCCAUGGUGGUGACAGACGCCAACAGCCUCAGUACGCUGAGCUCAAUGUCCUCCAGCAAACAGUGUCCGCUUCAGGCCUGGUGAGCACCUGACUUCCCUGACGCCAAGAACAUCGUCCCCACCGCCGUCCCCACUCAUCGCGCCCGUAUCUGUGGAAACCCAUAACAAGUGCGAGCAAGCCGCACUCUGGAUGGUUAGGUACAAACUUUCGUGACAGUAUUGAGGAACAUGGGUGAUCCUGAAGAACAAACCAAUAGGAAACACAAGACAAAGCUACAGAUUCAAGGAGAGGAAAGACCUGGAAUAAGAACCAUGUGUUCAGUGAAGCCAUUCUAGUAGAACUGUGUGGAUACAGUGACAAUCAGCCAAAGUUAGAAGCAUCUGUAGGAGUUUCUGUGACGUGUAACUGAUGCAAAGACUUCUUCCGUGAGAUCUGACAACGCUUAGACAAUGCUCUGUACAGUUGAAUGUAAAUACAAGCAAUUAUUAUAGCAUUAGUAUGAAGGAUGUAAAUAUUCGAUUGUCCAUGUGGUGCGCUGUUUUAUCGAUCUAAACUGUGAUUCCCGACGUGACAAUCUAUGGAACAGGGAUGACGUAUUUGAAUAUGCAAUUUCAGACUUUUUUUGACUACUUUGUUGACGUCAAAACGUGAGAUAAAUGUUAAAGCAAAACCUGAACCUAUUGAUCUCCCUGCAAGCCUGGUUUUAAAAUAGACGCCACUGUCAAUGUUGACUAUUAGCGUUAGUGUCGUCAGAGAGAUAAGAGUCAUCUUUCUGUGCCAGGACAUCCACGGUAUGCCAGAAGUAGUGGAUUUAAGAUACGGUCGAUUCAGAGAGACAGAUAACCUCAUCCGCAUAGCUGUUCGCCAUCUUUGCGAUAUCGACAGGAACGACUAUGAAUCAUGACGUGCCUUUCUAAUCCAAAUAUUGACUUACAAUCAAAAUCUCAUCGUCAUCGUGGAGAGAUACUGAAAAGAGCGCCCUGUUGAAUUGGUCAGCGGAAUGGUUAUCAGUAGGAAUUUCAUAAAAGUUGGGAAAUUGAGCCCAUUCGCCAGUUUAAACCGUAUUAGCUGCUCAUGCCACUCUGAACUACCAGGAAGCAUUGUGAAAUAGCUUUUAUUGUGGCUCUUGACUUUGUUUUUUUUUACAUUUGCUGGCAUGCAUUUCAUAUCUGACAUUGUCAUUUUGGUAAACUGAAGAAACGAGUGCACAUGUCCCCGUCUAAGAGUUUGAAUGCUUGUCAAAAGGU